UUCCUGUUGCUCGCCGUUGAUAGAAGCUUUCUCAUAGUUUCUCGUAGUAAAAAUAUCUGCAUACUCGUAAAUACAAAAAACUCUCCAACAAACAUCAUGCGAAGUUGGAUAGGACUUCUGCUAAGUCUGCUUUUAAUAAGUAGCACAAAAGCUGAUAUUCCCGAAUGUGAUUACUUUGACACAGUCAAAUUAACGGAUAGUGUUAAAUUCCCAAAUGGUUCGUAUCUUUACGAAAAUAUCAUAAUUCCUAAGGAACAAACUGGCGAAUAUGAUUACGAGAUUCUGGUGGAUGGAGUAAAGGUGGAUGUGCCAAAACAUCUGAGAGGAUGUGCCUGUAAACUAGGCACUUGUAUAAGAUUCUGUUGUCAGAAGAAUCUGGUGCUCGUUGACGAUGAACGGGCGUGUGAGAAAUAUACUUCAGCAGAACUUAAAUACGAUCCAUUUGUGAAUGUAACUCUCAACAAUGGCACAGAGGUCAGGAGACAUGUCCUCAAUGAGUUCAUUGUUCAGCAUGAUUUACCAGUGCCCUGCACAGGACAUUUUCACCUUGACGCGCUAAAUGACGAAACCAAGAGUUGGAAAUUGUUUGAGAAUGGAGUCUUGCUGCGUAAUGGUGACAACCGAAGUCUGUCCAAGCAGGAAUAUUGUAUGCAGCCCCAUCCCAUCCUGACCCCGAAAGGCGAGUCGAUUUUAAUGCUGGUGCCCCACAAUUGUUAUGAUCCAGCUCCGAGUCAACUGCUGUACAACAUACUUCGAAUUCUGUCGAUAAUCUUGUUGCUAAUUACUUGCUUCGUUUACCUUUGGAUCCCGAAGCUUCGGACUCUACAUGGAUAUUGUUUUGUAUGCUAUAUGCUUUGUCUUGUUGUGGCAUUUGCAUUACUGACAGUCGAUAAUCUACAUAGAGAUUGGAGUCUAUUUGGAUGUAAAGUGAAUGGUUACGUAGGAUAUUUUGCAGUAAUGGCAGGAUUCUUCUGGCUAACAGUUAUCAGUUUUGAUCUGUGGAAUAGUUUCCGGGGAAACAACUAUACCGUUCGACGUCACACAAACAUGUAUCGCUUCUUCAUGUAUAGCCUGUAUGCCUGGGGAGCUGCCGCUCUUCUUACGAUAAUCAUAAUAAUAGUUGAUCACAGUUUGGAUCGAGAUAAUGAUGAAAACUUACCUUGGUUACCAGGAGUUGCGAUGUACAAUUGCUGGGUCAAAACUAAUGACUGGUCUGCUAUGAUAUAUUUCCAUGGACUUAUGGCACUUCAAAUCAUUUUCAACAUGACGAUGUUUAUUCUGACGGCCAUUCGCAUUGUGGAAGUAAAAAAGGAGCUGAAGAGCUUGAAUUUACCCGAGGCACGGGAGAAACAUAUGAGAUCCGAUAAUCAAACGUUCAGAAUGUUUGUACGUUUGUUCGUCAUCAUGGGUAUUACGUGGACCUUUGAGAUAUUUGCAUAUCUUUUGCAAAACAAUGCUUCUUGGGAAAGUGUCUUAAAAAUCUUUGACUACAUUAACUGUGCCCAGGGAGUCAUCAUAUUCAUUUUGUUUGUGCUCAAGCGAAGUGUAAUGAAUCUGAUUUUGGAUAGAAUUCGAGGUAUAAGCUCAGCUGAUGAUGAGGACGGCUCCGAUGAAGAGAUCGCAUUACAAGACAGGGACGGCAUUAAUAAAAAUAUCGGUCCUAAUAUCUUGAAUUAGAACUAAUCAGGGUGCAAUUUCAAAAAGAAAACCAUUUCCAAAGCCAGCUAAAGGAAUGCGAAAGAUAACUAAGAUGACUACCGAAUUAACUUUAACUUAGGUAUUCAUCAUGCAUAUUUACAUAUUUUCAUUAAAACAUAUACACACACAUAAACAAACAUGCGAAAGAAUUGUAUGAUGCAGUGUCUUCUUCUUUCUUUGUUCAAACGUAUGUAGCAGAUGAAAGAAGCAUAUAUGUACUACUGUGAAAAGUAUAUAUAUUCUUAAUCAGUAUUAAAAUCCUAACGUACUUAGCCCUCUCCUAUUAACCAUUUGGAAUGGAGCUUUUUGAAUCCCAUAUCUUGUUCACUGUUUGGAUACCACGCCCCCUUGUCACCCUAAACUAGUGAUGUAAAUUUGGGUCGAAACUUCGAUGUCGAUGUUCAUCGAUGUUUACAAAAAUAGAACUCAAUGUCCGAUGUUCUGUUUUCUUAACAAAAAUGCAUUAAAAAAAAAAUAAUUAAAAAUAAAGCGUUUAUAACGU